AUAAUCUUGAAACAUCAAUUCUUACAAAAGUCCUUCUUUUAACUUUAUUUUUAUUUUAUCCAUUAAAGUUGCUGCUUCCUCAAUCAGCACAUGAUGUGCUUUUGAGUGCACAUAUGAUAUAGCACUCUGCAUAAAGAAGAACAGAAGCCAUCUUGUACCAUCAUCAUUCAAGAAAAGAAAAAAGAUGUUGGAUUAUUUAUCAACAUGCAUGGCUUUAUAAAUUGAUGUGUUCCUUCUGCAUGCUUCAAAUUAUAUGUAUUUUUGAGAGAAGUGACCACAAAGAUGGUUAUGAAGAAAAUUGCUGUGGCUGAUUAAUGUAGUUUCUUGACUGCCAUAAAUUUAGCAAAUGGGAAAGAAGAGAAGUAGCUGGUUGUCUUGUGUGAAGAGGCUUUUCAUUCCUCAGUCAAAAGCAAAAUCUGAGGAGAAACCAGAGAAAUGGAGGCGGUUCUUGGAAGUGUUUUCAUGCAGACAGUAUCCUAUGUUGGAAGCGCCUCAGAAAGGGCUGAAUGAAGCGACGGAAGAACAGAGAAAACAUGCAUUGGCCGUGGCCAUUGCUACAGCGGCUGCAGCAGAAGCUGCUGUGGCUGCUGCAAAUGCUGCAGCAGAGGUAGUCCGGCUCACUAAUAACCCACACGAACUCGAAAGGAGAAAACAGUACUUUGCUGCUAUUAGAAUUCAGAGUGCUUACAGGGGACAUCUUGCCAGGAAAGCACUGAGUGCACUGAAAGGAAUAGUGAAACUUCAAGCAGUGGUUCGAGGCGAGCUAACUAGGCGCAGCGUUGUUAAAACAUUAUCAUCCAUGUUUUUGCUGACAAAGGCUCAGCCACAAUUACGACAAAGUGACGUGCGCCCUCUGCUUGAUUAUCUUAAUCAUGGAGAAAAGAGACAUAGUCUUAGCCAAAAGGAAGGAGUCAAAUCUGAGGAACGAAAGCUUCAGUGCAACGGCCACAGAAGUUGGGAUUUGAGCUUGGUUUCAAAGGAAGGCAUGGAAAGCUUGUAUCUACAAAGGCAGGAAGCCAUUGCUAAAAGGGAACGCAUGAAGCAGUACUCCUUUUCCCACCGGGAGAGGAUAUAUGACCAAAAACUGCAAGAAAUAACGAUCCACAAAGAGAACAGAAAGAUCAACAGGUUUGAUCAAUUUGUAGAGGUAUAUCAACAUGAAGACAAAGAGAAGUUGAAGCCUUCAUCUCAUAAUAGUACUAUAGCCGUUGAUGCAAGUGGGCUGGCACAACUGAAGCUGAGAGCCAUCUGCAGACAGGAAAUGGUGGAGGAAUCAAAUUCACCAUUUACACUACCAAGGAGAUCGUUCUGUCAUGUGAAACAGAAAUCAAUCAGAGAAGAUGGGUCUUUGCCCAGCUCUCCGGUUUUCCCAACAUACAUGGCUGCCACUGAAUCUGCCAAGGCAAAGUCAAGGUCUCUGAGCACACCAAGGCAAAGGCUGAGGUUAUGCGAGACGUACUCUGGCGAACUUUCUCCAGUUGGGCUUUCUUCUUGGAGUUCAUUUAACAGUGAAAUAACCAAAAGUAACAAAAGGAACAGCAUUUCUCAGCACACAUCUUCUACUUUGGGGACACCCAACUGAGAUUAAGAUUGACUUGUUUUCUUUUUCUUUGUUAACAGGCCACCAACCAGGCACUAAGAUCAUAAUCUCUCUUGUAUAUAUGUGCAUCUCCUUUUUCUGUUUGGGCCUGUAAGCUCAAGAUUUUCAGUGUUGUGGGCUGAAGCUGAUUUCUGCUUUUCCCUGGUUUGUUUUUCUGGGGAAAUACUUCUGUCUGCUUUGCUAUGUUUAGCUAUCACGAUGUCAAUGGUUCUAAUUCUGCUUUUACUGAUUUAUUUAUCAUCUUCAGCGAA